AUGGAGGAAGUAGAGGUAGUCAUAGUAGGUGCAGGUCCUGCUGGUCUAGCAACCUCUGCAUGUCUUAACCGCCUCAAUAUCUCAAAUGUCGUACUCGAAAGAGAAGAUUGCUAUGCUUCUCUUUGGAAGAAUAGGACAUACGAUCGUUUGAAGCUUCACUUAGCAAAGCAAUUCUGUGAACUACCGUAUAUGCCUUUCCCUAAAAAUGCACCCACAUAUGUUCCUAGGAAAGAGUUUAUUCAAUACUUGGAUACUUAUGUGUCCACUUUCAAGAUAAACCCUCUGUACCACAGAAGUGUGAAGGCUGCUUUUUAUGAUGAGGAUGUGGAAAAAUGGAGUGUCCUUGUCAACAACACAAAACAAGGUGUACAAGAAAGUUACUACGGGAAAUCUCUUGUGGUUGCGACCGGAGAAAAUAGUGAAGGCUAUUUUCCUCAAACAAAAGGUUUGGGUAGCUUUAAAGGUGAAAUCAUUCAUUCAAGUGAGUAUGGAAAUGGCAAGAAGUACCGUGGGAAAAAUGUUUUAGUUGUUGGAGGUGGAAAUUCUGGAAUGGAAAUUGCCUACGACUUAUUAAAUUUUAGCGCAAAUGUUUCUAUUGUUGUCCGUACCCCGAUACAUGUUGUUACCAAGGAGAUCGUGUUCAUUGGAAUGGUUCUGUUAAAGUACCUUCCUGUUAAGGUUGUAGAUGCCAUUGUCAUGUUCUUAAUCAAAUGGAAAUUUGGAAAUUUAUCCAAGUAUGGGGUUCAAAUUCCAAAAAUGGGGCCAUUUUAUCUCAAGGAAGCCAAAGGUCGAUCCCCCAUCAUCGAUGUUGGGACCAUCGAAAAGAUCAAGAGUGGAGAGAUACAGGUUUUGCCAUCCAUAACAAGCAUAGAAGGAAAUGAAAUCCGGUUUGAGAAUGGCUACCUGAAAUGUUACGAUGCUAUAGUAUUUGCUACAGGCUAUAAAAGCACUGUGCUAAAGUGGCUUAAGGGCGAAAACAACCUCUUUAAUGAUAAUGGAAUGCCGAAGAAAAGUUUCCCUAACCACUGGAAGUCACAAAAUGGCCUUUACUGUGUUGGAUUCUCAAGACGUGGAUUAUUUGGCAUUUCACAGGAUGCACAAAAUAUAACAAAUGAUAUAAAUUCCUCUCUCAAUGAGAGCAAAAGAAGGAUAUAAUA